GGAAUGAUGAAUCUCGUGCAGGAAGUCAGCUUAAUGUGAAUAAAAGAGGAACGCCGCAGGCUCAGUGCCUGCCAGAAAUUUAAAACUCUGACAUUUAGAGGAAGCCCUUUGGCUACGCCGUCAUUUGAGUGUAAAGGCACUGAACUGACCUUGAAGAAAUAGGGAAGAGGAGAUGGCAAGUAAUGCAACUGGGAAGGGAGAAGCUAAGGUCCGUAUUUCUAAAACACUCUCAGAGGGUGAAAAAGCAGCUACAGCUGCCAGGAAGGAAGAGGUGAAGAAAGGCCUUGGCAAGCUUGGGAUUCCAUAUAAUGAGGACCAAAUCCCAAACAUUGCUGUCCUGGGAUCAGGUGGAGCUGUGCGGGCCAUGAUUGCUCUCUAUGGGACACUAGCGGAGCUGAAGAAAUACAAUCUCUUGGACUGUGUGAUGUACUUGGGCGGGGUGUCAGGUUCCACCUGGUGUAUUUCGGCUCUCUACAAACAUGAAGACUGGACAGAAAAAAUGGAGGCCUUAGAAAAAAGUCAGCGUGAAACCCUUGUCAAAGGCCAGUGGGAAUUUCAGAAGGCAAUGAAAGCUGUGAUUGGGGCUGCAGAAGACGAAUGUUACUCUUUGACUGAUUUCUGGUCCUAUUUCCUCGUGCAUAAACUGCUAAACGAGCUUGAUGAGUCUGAACUGUCUGUGCACAGGGGAGCUUGUGAGAAUGGGAAAAACCCUUACCCGAUCUAUACUGCUGUGGACAAGCAAAGCUAUGAGCAACAACAUGCAGGCACCUGGUUUGAAUUCACCCCACACGAAGCUGGGGUUCCUGGCCUUGGAGCAUAUGUAGAUAUGAAGCACUUUGGGAGCAUAUUUGAAAAUGGGCAAUUGACUGAAGAAAAGAAGAAAAGAAAUAUCUGUUAUUUGCAAGGUUUAUGGGGAAGUGCCCUUGGAAGCGAACAGGAACUCUAUAGGACUAUAAUAGAGUCUUUGCUGAAUUAUCUAAAACAAAAGAGAUCAGGAGAGUCUUCCUCAACUUCAACAACCUUAGAUCAAGAUGACCAGAAACUUAAGGCACUCUAUGAGGGUUAUCAGUCCGUUCUAGAGCUUCACCUCUGUGAAACAUCAGGUGGAAGGGCAGCAGAUAAGCAUUUUGACCACCUCCGCAACAUUUUGGAAAGCCACGGUACCAGCAGAAGCUUUGAAUUGCUUAGAGAGAUCUGCAAGACCUGGUUUUCUGCUAAUGCAGAAACAAGAAAGAAAGACUGUAUGAGACUGUGUCAAGCAUUGGACCUGGAUUUUGGAGGUUUUGCCAGUGAUUCCCUCCAUGUUUUACAUGAUGUGGUGAGAAAGACGUAUUUGUGCCUUUUGAACUGGACAUGGGGAAGCACUAAUAACUUCCUGUACCACUGCUCGGAUGUUGAAUGUCCUGACUUGACAAGUAAACAGGUUGUCUCUCUGAUUGAUGCCGGCCUGCUGAUAAACACUGCUUACCCAUCACUUCUUCAGUCUCAGAGGAAAGUGAAGCUGAUCCUCUCCUUUGACUUUAGUGCCGGAGAUCCUUUUCUGACCAUUAAGAAAGCCAUUAAAUACUGUGAGGAACAUGGAAUCCCGUUUCCCAAGAUAGAUGAGAAACAGCUGCAGGACACGGAUGAUUUGAAGGAUUGCUAUAUCUUCAGAGGAGAUGCAGAAUGUGUCCCAACUGUCGUGCACUGUCCGCUGUUCAACAAAGUCAACUGUUCAGAUAAAAUUCAUGAAUACAGAGAACAGUUUUCUACAUUCAAGAUGAGCUAUUCCAAGGAGGAGAUUGAAAAGUUGCUCACUGCAGCAAAGCAAAAUGUAGCAAAUGUUCACGAAAAGAUCUUGGAAGAGAUCAAGAAUGUUGUAUGUCCUCCUUCAUAAAAGGCUUAAGUAAAGUUUUUUUCCUCUUCAACAUUUGCUUGAAAACAAAGUUCACAUAACAAGGAUUUUUCCUCUGCUAGAGUUCUAACUUUUGUUAGCAUCAUUGUUAUUAUCGGCUCAAUUUGUAUCCACUAUUCUAAAAGUAUCUGAUCAGUAUAUAUAUUACUGAUCAAUAAAAACAUAGCAUAUAACAAUGGCCUCAUUUGGACACAAUGCUGAAGUUUGACUUGAAAUUAAAUUAACAAACGUUGGGAUUUAUUGCAGUUAGGAGGGGACCCAAUAUUGAACUAACUUCAGUUUAUUAUUUCUGAAACUACAAACUGUGGUUAGUACCUAUACAGCUGUACCUCUGGUUAUGAACUUAAUCCAUUCAGAACCGGAAACUGCUCAUAACAUGAGGCACGCUUCCGCUAAUGUCGCCUCCCACUGCUGCCGCACCGCUGGAGCGUGAUUUCCACUUGCAUCAUGGGGCAAAGUUUGCAACAAGGGACAUCUACUUCCGUGUUAGCGGAGCGCGUAACCCGAAGAAUUAAUAAGGGGCACAGUUUGUAGCACGUGGUACCACUGUGGUUCAGGGAAAAAAGAACAUCUCAAAUUGCCAUUUACGAUCCAUCUGUGGUCAGGAAAUGGAAAUCAAUCAAAUAAAAUUGGCAUUCAUUUUUGUCUUUAAGUCCUCAAAUGAUGUGUAAUGAAAUACCUUUAACAAAUU